CGCAUACUCAGCGGCUACGUAUUGCGUCACUGCGUUGACGUGAAGUCUUGACGCCACAGUCUCGCGUGAUGAGAGUUGUGGCGUCGGGGAAAUUUUUGAAACACGGGCGCUAAGGAGUUUGCAAUUCACAGCUUUUCUAUGCAUUCUGUGUUCAUUUUAUCAUGGCUUUACAACCAAGUUCAUCACUUGUUACCCUGCAGACCGUCAAGGAACGAAUGCGAGAAAAGAAACACGGAUCCUUGAAAACUGUAAAGCUGAAUACUACUCUUGCAGCAAAAAUUAAAACAAAAACCUUAAAUAACUCCUCUAUUCUAAAGAUUUCAUUAAAGCACAACAAUAAAGCUUUGGCUUGUGCACUAACUGCUGAAAAAGAGAAAGCAAGGAGACUGGAGAAUGAUAAAAUGUUUUUACAGAAAGAAGUAAAGAUGCUACAUUUCCAAAAUGCGCUACUCAGGCAAAACCUAAACCUUUUGAACAAGAUGCUAAAGGACAUUGAUCUUUUCAUGAACAUUAACUUGCCUGCUGCUAUUGAAAUCAGCAAUAUGGAGCAUUCAACAGAUGUUUCAUCUUUAGAACCGAGAAAGAGUGAACGGUUUAGCCACCAUAGUGUGUUUUCUUUGGAUGAUGAUCAAGGGUUUAGAAUGACAGGUAUGGCUUUAAGGGUUCCUUCUAGCUCCAUAGGUGACAAGAGAACCAUUAUACCAGCAGAUCCAGUGGUUGAAGCACCAACAGAUAUUUCUAUUCUCGCAAACUCAAGUUCUUUGAGAGAGAAAUCACUCUAUAAACCAACACCUGACAAUCUAAAUGUGCCAUCCAAAGAAAGACUUGCAACAUCUAAUAAUGUUAUGCCAAACAUACAAAGCAUGGAAUUAGUUCCCCGUGAGGAAUUUAGAGUAUCAGAUGUUCUUAAUUCAGAUAUUUGUGGAUUUGUUACAAUGAGAAAGAAACGAUCAACAGCAUCUCACUCAAGUAUACAAUCUAAUAAAUUGGACUUAAACCAAAAUAAGUAUUCAAGGCAAGAAAGCAGCAGUAGGGUUCAGUGUGAGCAGACCACUGAUGGAAGCAUUGCACCCAGGCUAAGUGAUGAAACUCUAGCAGUUUCUGAAUAUGAAUCACAAGUUGGUGGAUAUGAGCUGCAGGAGAUUAAACGAGCAACCAUGUCCUUUGAAAGCUCUUCAAACCUGAAAAUAAUUUCUAGCCAAAGUGAAGGCAGCUCAGAUUUUGUUUUUGAGCAGCAUGAUGAAUCUAUCAAUCUAUUUCCUGCUGACCCCACCCAUUCUGCAAUAGCGACUGAAACAACUGAAGACAAAAAUGUUGGACAGGAGAAAACUGUUUAUGAUGCUGAUAUGCAGCUAACCUCUAGUGACUCUGCUUCUAUAAUCACAGUCUCAUCACUAAGCAGAACACAUACGGAGAAAACGAAAUCUGGUGUACCUGUUAAACAAGAUGUGUCUUCAUUAAGAAAGGUUAAACAUGCCAGACGUGAAAAGGCACACAAAAGUAAAUACAAUGAAACGGUUGCUAUUGAUAAACCGUUUAAAGGCAAACGAAAAAAACCACUUGAUUUAGAGCAUAAACAUCAGCAUUCUGAACACAUCUCUGAUAACAUUCAGGAAGAUGAUGACAUGCUGUCUCAGACUAACACAAAAUUAGCCCUUAUUCCACAAUCAACCAGAGAAACUCUUGAUAUUCGAAAAACUUACGUUUUAACACCGCCAAUUAAGCAAGAGGAGGCUGAAAUGAAAUCUGAAACUGAAGAGAUGCAAGUUCUGAAACACCACUAUGAAGGAAAGCGAACAACUCCUUCAAACAACUGUAUUUUGGAUUGGGAACCUUCAAACAAUAUGCACAUCUUGCAUAGUGCACAUACAGAAGUCCCUCUUUCCAAAGAAAAUGUACUAUUCAAGGAAAUAAAGUGUGAGUCAGCGCAUCUAUUCAUUAAACCGGGUCAAGUAAAAAACAGUGGUACCACUGUAAAGAUUACGGAGAUCGCCAAAAAGAGAGAUACCAAGCCUGGCAAAAGAAAAACAAAUUCAAAACAGCAGGAAAUAUGUUUAGAGAUGAGAAAAGUAGAAUUGAAUACAAAAGCUGAUGAGUUGGUUCAUCUCGAGAAAACUAGGGACGUUUCAAGCAGUCUCCUUAAUAACAUGGCAUGUAGCCAAACACACAUUCGGAGGGAAACGUAUUUUGUGAACACUGGAUUAACUUCUGCUGUGGAGUUCAUUCCUAAAGAUGUGGUGCAUUACCGAAGAGAAACGAAUGUGAUCAACAAACCAAGUGACAUGGCAAAUUUUCAGACUGGGACUUCUGUCCAGUCUCUUAGUCCUCUCGAAUCUCCUGAUACCAUGGGCUUGUUUCAGAGCAAUAAAAUGAAUAACUUUCAUAAUUUACACAAGACAAAGCCAAAAAAUCAAAACCUGGAAAGUGCCAUAGAUGCACCAAAUAUUAAAGGCUAUAAAAGUAUGUUGGAUAACACAACCUGUAAACCUGUACAUGAGGACAGUACCUUACAUUCUUUAAGUUCCUUUUCUCCAGUAGACAAACGGAAAACUCGUAUUUUACCUGCAAAAGAAGAUGUUGGUCAUAAGCAAGGCACACUGGUCCAGGAAAGCUUGAUAGACUUGGCAGUUACUCAACCAUGUAAAAAGUCUAGAUUCUUGAGUGGCAAUUUGACAAAUGAUCAAGAUUCUUUUAUGCUUGAUAUGGUUAGUGACUCUAUUCUUGAUUCGGUGGUGGAAAGUAAUCGUUUUCUUGAAUUUCCAUCUGCCAGAAACACCAAGGAUGCUUCAUUUAAUAUAGAAAAGCCUUUGAACAAUAACCCAGAACUAACGACCUUUGAGGAGUGCAACCCCAAAUGGAUGCUUCAGCCUCCAGUGAACUUUAGUGUUUAUAAUGAUAACAGCAAGACGCAGGAAAUUUGUGAAGAACAACAUAGUGAGCUACAGUGUGAUGAUCAAAACCAAAGUAUUGAUGGGCAAGGAACAGCUGGUAAGCCAUUGCAAGAUCUGACAAAUGCACCUCUUAAUUCCUUUAAACAACCUCCAAAGCCUUGCUCAGUAGAGUAUGAUUGUUCAAAAACUUUUGGGAGGAGAAAACGAAACGCAGUUAACUACAAAGAACCAAGCCUAGGGUCUAAACUGAGGCGAGGGGACACUAAUACUAGUACAGAAUUCUUGCAUUCACCUGUUGACAAGGAAAAGAAGAAACGCCGGAAGAUAAAAGUGAAGUCGGAGAAAUGAUAAACUUCUAAAACCAGUGGAGUGCUGUAUUAUAUUGAUGGGAAAGUAUUAUUUAUAUUGUAAAUCAUAAGAAUAAUGCAGAAUGUGAUGCAAUUGGCCAAGAUACAUAUCACUCUUCCCUGUGACCUGCCCCUUUUUUUUCCUCCUGUAUAUUUCAUUUAACUCACAGUUAAGCAUUCUAGCAUUGGUCAAAAAGACAUGGAACAUGGGUCAUUUUAAAUUUCCGUAGGAAACAAGUCAAUUUAGGCAACUGGG